AUGGCCGCCGGGCUGGACCGAGGGGGUGGACCCGAUGACCUGACCUCGGCCCGACCCGGGCCCGGGCCCCGCGCCGACACCGACACCGACACCACUCGUACCGCUCGUCGCGCCGGGGCGUCAUCCUCUGUGACGUUAACGGCGCCGCCUCGAGAGGCGAGCCUGUUCCUGGGGAACACGCGGCCGUUUGUUGGACGUUGCUGCUACAUCUGCACGCCCCAGAGCUGGGGUUUGCUCUUCCACAACUACUUAACUUUACUGGGAUUUCGAAACGCGAUCCUCGUCACUGAGACCCACACGCGGUACAGAGGAUGGUUGGCUCGACGUCUCUCUUACUUUCUGUUUAUCCGUGGGCGCACGGUUUACCCGGGCGAUAUCUGUGAUCUGGAGGAGAAAAUCAUCAACAGCACCAGAGUGCAAAAAGCCAUUCAGGGGAGUUUGUCGAACCGACCUUCACCCGACCACAAGUCGAUUCAGGAGGUGAAAAAGAAGGUGCAGAGAAUUAUGGACCAGAUCAGAGCUGUGAUCUCACCUCUCCUACUCCGUUCACAAAUCCCGGCUGGACCGCCUCCUGGUUAUCUUCAUCUUGUUCUGUCACAGUGUGAGGGUCCGUACCUCACUGGCGGGGAAGACAUCCGGCUCCCACUGCUCAGAUCUUUGCUUCGAAGGCUGGGAGGAAUCUUCAUUCCACAGAUGGCAAAGGGAGCCAAGAGCAGCUACACAGAGGACCUUAACCAGGCUGUCCUAACCUCGUACAUUGAGGAGCUGCUGAGAGGACAGGAGAACCUGCAGCUCUACCUGGAAGAGGCUGUGCCCAGGUCUGUGCGUCCCUCUCUCACAGGCAUGGUCUGGCUCACCUGUGUAUUUAAAGCCUUUCAGUCCAAGGUUAUACCAGAUGCCGCUCUGGUGCCUGUGGGCAUCUCAUACGAUCGUAUCAUCGAGGGAGGAUGUUUGGAGCAGACGGAUCCUGACAGCAUCAGCCUCUGGGCAGCUUUGUGUUGGAUGUUAGGAUUUGUGCGGAGGAGAUACGGCUGUGUGCGGGUGGACUUUGGACAGCCCUUUUCACUGAAGGAUUACAUUGAGAACGAAGGGAUCCGCUUGCGCAGUUCUACACUGCCGCUGCGAGAGUUGUUAUUGCCGUGCAUGUUUGGCUCCAGCUCGGACGCUGUGUACUACGAGAGAUCUCAGGACUGGAUUCUGACCGGGGAAGGACUGCCUCAGCUCGACAGGCGUCAGCAGCAGCUGGUGACGGGCCUGGGGAGACACCUGCUUUACACCGCUACUUCCUGUUCAGCCAUCAUGUCCACAACCAUCAUGGCAAGUCUCCUCCUACAAAAACACCGACAGGGCACUCUGCUCAGUGUUCUGGCCAGGGAUUUCCAGUGGCUGACGGAGGAGGUGCUGGCCAGACACUUUGAUGUGGGGUUUUCAGGGCAGCUGCGGGAUGUGGUGCUGCACGCUCUCUAUCUGCUGAGAGACUGCGUGACUCUCAGGAACUUCCCACUGAACGACCUGCUAGUGACACCGAAGCCCACGCGCAGGGCUGUGCGGGAGCUCAGUGUGUACAGCCGGGGAAUCCUGCCCGUCUUUAUAUACGAGGCUGUUGCUGCCUGUGCUCUGAACUCCCUUCUCAGACAAGUGGCUAACUGUGUGACUGACUGGGAGUCCAACAUAGAGGUGGCGAUUAGUCAGGAGGAGAUCACCUUUAAGAGCAUUCAGCUGUGUCACUUACUGCCCAGUGAGAUACUGCUGCUCCCGCCUUGCAGGUCCACGUACCAGUUUGCCCAGGAGGCUGUGGACAAGCUUGCAUACUGUGAGAUCCUCGUCAUGGAGGAGAAUGAAAACAAACGGCCGGCCUGUGACAUGUGGAACAGACGCUUUUCAAAGGAGCUGAGCUGGAAGGUCACAGAAGAUUCUGAUGACAGUGACAGCGACUGUGAGGCCGAGUUCUCUCAACGGUACUUCAAGCUCGGCCAGUCCAGCGAGAGCCACGAGUGUUUCCUCUUCCUGUGCGCAUUGCUGGAGCCAGUGAUUAAAGCUUACGGGAGAGCAAUGUGCUUCCUACAGCGGCUGGACAGCCCCAAACCAGAGUCGGAGUUUGUGCUGGAACUGCAACAGUAUUUGGAGACACAGGCAGAGGAACGGGGUGCAUAUGAAAGUGCCACGCUUGACCUGGCUCACAGCGCUGUCCGAACCUUCAAGGAGGUGGGGGUACUUCGAGAGGAGCCGGGUGUGACUGGGCCAGUGCUGGCGUUCAGUGACAUCUUCCUACAGCCAGAGAACAGACAGACACUCCAAGACUACAUUCAACAGUUUUCUUGUUAAUCCCAAACAAAAUGCGCUGCCUUCUUUCUCUCUCGUGUUUGAAUCGGUUCAGAGCAGGUAUGUUUUUGGGUUCUUGGUCUCGUCACGCAGUCAGGAGGCUUUGAACCCUCGAUCUCUCAUGAAUGGACUUUGUCAUAAGAACAUAAGAAUUUGCUGGCAAAAGACCAAGGUCCAUCCAGUUUGUCUUCCACCAUCCUGCAGUCGUGUCCCAAACUCUAUGUGUAUUGUAUUCUCAUGUUGGGGCAGGACGUGAGCCACAAUCCCCUUUCUCCUGUUGUGUUCAAGUGACUGUUUUGCACCUACCGCAGCUUGGCUGGCUGGCAGGAACACAAACCAGCCCUGUUGUGGUGAGGAGGCUUUUUUGCAUUAGAUUAUGUGACUUGGACAAAAAGAAGGGAGUGUUGGGCGGAAACAUCAGCAGCCAAUUUACUCUGAUAUUGCACAUUAAUGUUUAAGUUUAAACUUUGCUUUUUGUAUCUUUUGAAAUGUCUCAGCACUUGAAUAAAGCAAAAUCAGUGACCACAUCAA